GCUGUAGCCGAUCUGGCUCAAGGGUGUCGAGAAGCAGCCCUGGUGAGCGCCGGCUCCUGUCCCCGCUUGACUUCUGUUCGCACAGGACUCAGGAUGACGCCCAGCAGGGUCCCCAUGGCUGGCGCGGACUUGGAUGCAAUCCUCAAGCUGCUCCCUACCGUCGAAGAGAUCCCCAGCGAUGACCGCGCCAUGUUCGUGGCGGGCCUGCCCCACGCGCUAGCGCAGAGCGCCGAGUCCCGGCACGAUUUCCAAGCCCAGUUCGCGAGUGUCGCGCGCGAGGCCCUCGCGGGCGCGGUGUCUGCGGCCGAGGAGCGCGUGCUGCGCUGCGGCGCGGGAGUCGAGGCCGCCCGCGCUGCCCAGGACGCCAGCGGCGCGCUCUGCAAAGACGCCGCGGCAGCGGCGGAGGCCGCCAGGAAGGUUGUGGAAGACAAGAGCGCCACCCGCGAAGCGCACCACGCGCUGGUGGCCACGCUCGACAAGGAGCACGCCGAGGCGCAGGCGAGGGAGGCGAUCGUGGUGGAGGCCCGGGACAAGCUGCGCGCGGAGCAGGCCGAGCUCGCCGCCGUCGUGGAGGACUUCCGCUGCUUGAGCACUGGCUCCUGCCAGGAUGACGGCGGGGACACGGCGGCCGAGGCCGUGCAGGCGUACGCCAAGGCCCACGGCGUUGAGCCGGCCCUGGUGGCCGCUCUGCCCGCAUCGCUGAAGGCGCCGCCGGAGGCGCGCGGCGCGUUCGAGAAGCUGGCGCUGGACUCCUACGCCGGCAUCCUGUCCUCGGCGAAGGCCCAGCAGGACUCGAGGCUCGCCGCCGGGAUGGAGGAGGAGGCCGACGCCGUCGCGGAGGCGCUGGGCCUGUGGGCCCUCCACGACGAGGAGCGACAGGCGGAGCUCGAAGCGAGGGUUGCGGUGGGCGAGGCGAAGGUGGCCCUCGAGGUUGCGGUCGCAGCAGAGAAGCAGGCGGCCGCCGCCGAGCGCGAGAAGGGGGCAGAGAUGACCAGGCGCCUGGUGGAGCAGACGCUCGCCGAGGAGCAGUGCAGCCAGCUGAAGCGCGCCCUGGAGGCACUGGAUCGGCUGAUCUCUGGCGCGCGCGCGGAGCCGAAGCCCGAGGCGACCACGGGGGCGAAGGCCGCGGAGCACGCGCCAGCCUCGGCGAACCCCUUCGGGGUGCCCACGCCGAUGGUAACGGGGUGACAGGCCGGCGGCGUCGGGGAACUGCGGCCUUGGCCUGCGGUCGUUUGGCCAGGUCGCGUGGCCUCUGAGGCCAGGGUGGGUCCCUGCGAGAGCCGGCCCCUGGGGAGUCGGUGCGGCUCCGCAGCGCGCGCGCACGGCGCGGCCCACCGUGAGUGGCAUUAAUUCGAGACGUCGUCACGCUGCACGGGAGCUGGGACUCCAAGGGAUCUCAGGGCUUGAGGGGGUGCGGAUGGAGGAAAUUGUGUCCUAUUCAGCGCUCGCUGCGCGAGCCGCUGGCCAGUCGCUCCCGCGUGCGUAUUAUGAGGAUGGACGGUCCCUUGCCUUUCCUUAUCCACAUGUGACGUCACGAUAUGUUCGUUGCUUUGCAAGUCCAGCUCUGCACGUUGUUGAAUCUUUCGUGUGCUCUUCAUGACUGCAUCCUGCCUGCCAUUCGUCGCGGGCUGGACUUUCGUCGCGAGCGCUAGUUAGUACAACUUGUCUAUUAGCUUCGCCGUGGGUUUGGCGACUGCUGUGCUGUCGGGGCAUGUGGUGGGAAAAGGCAUGCGUGCCACCGGCCGCUCGGGUCGCUCCCUGGCAAUGAGGGUAUCCUGUACGCUGGAUCGAACUGGGUUCA